AUGAAUCCUCUCAGUCGGGCCAGAAUCCCCGAGAUCUGCUGUCAGCCGGAGUCGGUCGAUUUUAUCGAGAACGAUCUUGAGGACAGCCAUCCUGGCCUGAACGAUCCUCCGUCACACUACGACGCCCGCCGUCGCUUGUUUGUGCUCAGUAACCCGGUGUCGCAGAUGGACGAGCAGUCCCUGACCGCCUACAACCGAGUCCAAUGGGCAUUGAAGGUGCCCGGCGUGCAGGCGCCCGUGGCUCCCCCGGGGACUGUGACGCUGACGCUGCCCAGCGCGGCCACUGUCCUGUCCGCGCGGCGGCGUGCGGAGCCGAGCGCCGCGCUCAAGUUCUGGGACGAGCUCUUUGCGCCAUCGAUGGACCGCUUUGUGCUUGCCCAUCCGCAGGAGGCGGACGAGGUCAGGGAGCGGGGCAGCAUCCGCGGCCAGCACGACUGGACUGGCGUCUUCGACACGCUCGAGGCGGCCAAGAACGCCUACAGCCAGACGGACAAGAGCUUCAAGGGCAUCUUUCGCAAGGUGUACCGCAAGUCGGCCGACCACUCCGGCACGUCGGUGGUCAAGAUGGCCAAGGAGAUCGUGGACAACGACUACGCAUCGCCGGUGCUCGGCUCGCUGCAGCUGGUACUUGAGGCGGCCGCAAAGGCGGCGAAGCUCCGGCAGGACAUGCUGGGCGCCUUUGACCGAAUCGACCGCAACUUUGCCGAGGUUGAGGCCUACCGGCAGGCGUUUGCCGGCGACGAGAACAUCACAGACGCCGCGAUUGGCUUGGUCGCGGCGGUCCUGCACGCCGUCGAGAUGGUCAUUGGCUUUUUCGUGUCCAAAACCUACAAGCGGCUGUUCCGCGCCACCUUCACAAUCGACGAGUACCGCAGGAAGAUUGACACGAGCCUCACCGACAUUGAUCAAAUGAGCUCCGACCUCCUCAGCGAGGUGCACAUGUCCGAGGUACACCGGGACCAGCAGUUCCAGGAGCGAGUCAUCCAGGAUGCGGCGAUCACCCAAUACGGCAUGGCCCAGCUUGCUCACAUGGAACACGGCACCCGCAAUGGCAUCAUGUACAUGCUGAACGAUCUUAUGCUGGCAAUGAAGGACGUCAAGGAGAGCGUGUCCCGGUCGCCCUCGCCCGCGCCAGUGAUGCCCAUUAUGAUGAUUGCGGGUGCCCCAUCGUCGCCCGGCCCCGAGCACCAUGGUAUCAGCCCGCACGACCUCCUUGGUUGGAUCAACAUGACGGAUCUGGCGGCCAAGGACCUCGAGUACAUUGGAAGUCACAACCACUCGGACAUCUCCGACGACGAGCAGGGCCGCGCCCAGCAGCUCGUCGCCCACCACCAGCUGCAGUACUGGCUCAGUGUCCCGGCGUCGUCGCAGCUACUAGUCCACGGUAACUUCGGCGGCGGCCUGCGUCCGGUGUCCGGCCUGACUCUGUUCUGUGCAUCCCUCACGAUCCACCUCAGCAGCCAGCCGCGCAUCAUUCGGCUGCUGUUUUUCUGCGGCCUGCACAUCGACGAGGACGACGAGGAGGAGGAGGACGACGACGACGACGAUGACGACGUGGACGACGAGCAUCUCCCCGUCGUCGGCGGCCGGGCCCUCAUCGCGAGCUUCGUCUGCCAGCUGCUGUGCGCCUUUGAUUUCGGGCCGGAGCUGCCGCUCGACCACAGCAUCGAAGACGCGGUCCGCGACGGGGACGUGCACGAGCUCUGUCUCGUUUUCGGCGCGCUGGUGCGUCGUCUCCCGCACGGCAUCGUGCUGGUCUGUGUGGUGGAGGGCUCCGGGUACUACGAGCGGCCCGAGUUUCUCGCGGAGGCGUCCGUGGUGCUCGCCUACGUCCUGCGUCUGUCCACGGACGACGCGGUAUCCGCCAUCAUCAAAGUGCUCAUCACCAGUCCGACGCGGACAACCCACAUCCGCCAGCCAUUUACCAAGGACAAGAUUUUGUCCAUGGCGGCAAUGGCGGAUGCCGAGUGGGAGCCCAGCCACUCGCGAAUGGAGCGCGUCUUGGGCGAAGUGCUUUCACCGGAUGACGAGUACGAUGACGACUUUGAAUAUGCGUAG